UUAGAACUGGGCUGUCCCGCGGAUGCUUUUCACAUCAGCGAUGGUGGAAAAGCGGUGUCUGACUGCGGUGAGAGUGCUGCGUGUUUCCCUGGUGGAUGAACUGGAAGGACAGAUCGACUCCCUGUUGGAGGAGCUGGUGGAUCAGAAAGCGUUCACUCGGGAUGACCGGGAGGAAGUGCUGUGUCAGCCGGGGCCCCGGGCCAGGGUCCGGAAGGUGUUGGAUAUCCUGGAGUGCAAAGGGGAGGAAGCAGCGAAAGUUUUCUUGUCUGUUAGAAGUAAUCAGCGGCUCUCCAAGGAUGCGCCUCAAGUUCCAUCCUCAGAGUACAAGAAGAUGCAACAAAAGCACAAAGACGUCCUGAGGCGCAGGAGUGAGAGCAUGCUUUUCUACAACAGCAGGCACGGAGACAAAAUCCUCUUUUCCGAACAUUACGUCAACCUCCUAUUAGUGGACGGACACCAGGCCUUAGAGAUUAAGAGACACGAGGUGCUGGCUUUUGGACAAAAGAGAUUGUCUCUGCAGCAUAAAUCAGGGCUGCAAAGGAAAAUUGCACCAGCUGAACUGUUUUUGAGAGCAAACGAAAAACGUCCAAUAAAGAAAGUGCUGGUGACGGGGGUGGCGGGAAUCGGCAAAACGGUUCUGGUGCAGAAAAUUCUCUUUGACUUUGGGCAGAACAAGGACCACCUGGGAUUUGACUUUGUUAUCCACAUGAGCUUCAGAGAUUUAAAUCUUAUUGACAAACCCACAAACUUCAGAGAGUUGGUACUUCGUAAGAACAGGCACCUCUCUAAAGUACUGGACUGCAUCUUAGCUAACGAUGACAAACUUCUAAUUAUUCUGGAUGGGUUUGACGAGUUCCGACACUACAGGAGCUGCGACGUUGACGUAUUCGUGUCCGAGCCAGAGGAGGAUGCAGAGGUGAAUGAAAUUUUGGGGAGUUUGUUGCAGGGUGAGCUGCUACCCAAAGCCUCUGUCAUGCUCACAAGCCGGCCUACGGCUAUCAACCACAUCCCUGUCAGAUGCAUCGAUCGCUAUGUGCUCAUUGCCGGAUUCUCCAUAAAUGAAGUUCAGGACUUCUUCCUGAGGUAUUUCCAGGAUGCUGCUGUGGCUGACAGAAUGUUUUCAACGGUGUCAGCAAAUGAACUAAUGCUGACACUGUGCUAUAUUCCUGCCUUCUGCUCCAUUGUGUGCUGCAUCCUCAAUGAGACCAAAGAGCUCUGUGGGGAAAGCCCAAAGACCAUGACGGACAUUUAUGUGCAAUAUCUGGUGGCCUUGCUCCGUUCUCACACCCAGUCAAGAACGAAGACGGGUCCUGAAGACCAAGGAGCAAAAACCAACCAGCAGCUGUCUGAUAUUGUGUUAAAGCUGGGUCGACUUGCCUUUAAGAAGCUAAUGGAGCAUCAAACGCUCUUCUACAGCAGCGACCAAGAUGUGGCCGGGCUAGAGGGAUGCAGCCUGGUUAGUACCUUCCUUGACACGACAGUUGCUCAAGAGCCCGGCUGCACUGAAGAGGUUUUCUCCUUUGCCCACCUCACUGUUCAGGAGUUCUUUGCUGCUCUUUACUGCGCUGUGACGGAUCAACCGUUGCCUGAUGCAAUGCAGAGCAGUGACAACCAAAACAAUGGACACUUGGACCUCUUCAGCCGCUUCCUGUCUGGAAUCCUCUCAGAUCGGAAUUCCAAUUUCCUGUCGAGACAAGUGGGACUUGACUGCCGGGAGGAAAAAGUAGAGCUGUACCGUCAGAAGAUCACAACAGAUCUCGCAGUUCUUUGUGAGAACGGAGCCCAUAUUCUGAACUGCUUACAUUGUUUGUUUGAGCAACAGGACUCCUCAAUGACCCUGCCAGCUCUCCCAGAAUUACUUAGAGUAAAUGUCAGCGACGAAACUCUCGCUCAAAUGGACCAUAAUGCCAUAAAGUAUUUCCUAGCCCUCACAGAAGGUAAAAUACUAUCAGAACUGGAUCUUACAGGAACUGGAGUGAACUGUGACUCUCUGAGCGAGAUUCAACCAUUUCUGCAUAGAUGUCAGAGACUGUGGCUUGGAGAAAAUAAUUUAGACAUGGACGCGGUUCAGGUCGUUGCAGACGUGGUGAAGGUCUCGGAAAACCUCACCCACCUCGGGCUUGGAUGGACAAACAUCGGUGACGAAGAACUGCAAGCUCUUUGCACUGCGAUUCGGGUGAAAAAAAGGGUUCAAGAAUUGUGGAUGGAAGGCAACCGAAUUAGUCACAGAGGUCUGCUGUCACUCGCUGAUUUGACGCCUGAUCCACUGCAAAUAAUUGUGGUCAUAUGGAACAACCUGUACGAGUCCGACUCGGAGAGUCUGUGCAGCCAGGAGAGCAUCACAGUAAAUUUUACAGAUGAACAACUGUGGCAAGAGUGGGGGGAAUGGGUUUUUAGGCGCUGCCAGGUCAGCAGCAAUGAGAAGCUAGCGACGGUACUCCACAAAGUUUGCAACAUGUCAAAUGACUGGCUGGAGCUCCACUGGGCAAAGACCUUCUACAGUCAACUGUCGCAGCUUAUCAAGAGCCGGAUAGAGAGCUGCACGGAGGAGGAUAUGCGCAAGAAACUCCAACACUUUGACAAUCUUUUAAAUCUCUGAGAUCGUUUUAGUUCCGGCUAAUUGUUUCAUGAAAGACUAAAGAAUGAAAAUGAAUGGUACACGGGACGACGUCAUUACUUUCUCUUUUAAUGAUUAACACUAGACCACAAAUUUUUGUGUGCCAAAAUGACCCAGAUAGGAGUGGAGCAAUACCCAAUCACAAUGGAAAGUUUCCCAGAUUAUAAAAUUGUUUAAACAAAUACACACCAAAAAUCCCCUAAGUGUUUAGAAAGAAACACCACCGAAGCAAAGCCAUGUGGAAAAGUAAGCGCAUCCUUGCUACUUUCAUGGGAUUAAGAAUGAAAAGUAGCAAUUAGGUAAUAACACACAUUUCAUUUUCCUGUGAUCAGCCAGUAUAAAUGCCUCUAUACAUGUAGUCCCAGAUUAGAUUCAGCAAGCUUCAGUAAGUAUAAAAAAUGUUAAAAGUUCAACGCAACGUAAUAAGAAAAAGUCAGAACAAGUUAGGACUUAUUUGGAGGGAUUGUUAGGAGGAAAAAUGUUUUAAAAGAUUUCAGUACUGUCAUGUUGGUUUUCAAAGUUGCAUCUGAAUGACUCACAAAACCUGAGUCACAGAACCAAAUUUAGAGAAAACCAUACACAUUAUAUGAUGAAACGCCUUAUACCAACUGCCAAGUGUUAUGGCUUAAAAUUAUCAUAUGAUCAAAAAUAAGCCCAUCUGUCAAUACGUGACCUAAGCUGGGGUAUGCAAGGAAAGAAGUGGUGUUGAAAGAAAAAAAUCACAAUGACGUUACAGACUUUAUAAAAUGACAACUUCAGGUCACUGCUGCUAAAGCUGUACUCAUUUUUUUACAAGCAACUUUGACAUUUUGACUUUAGGGAGGUGAGCGAGAUAUUAUGCCUGAGCAACGUAAUUUUUGAUUGAGGGGAAGGAUUAUAUGCAUCAUUUAUAGGCCAACCAAACCAGAGGGAGGACACGCACUACAUUCAGAGAUACCUCAAUGGAAAAGUAUUUCCAUAAAAAGGUUGUGGCCCGUACGGGGAUCGAACCCGCGACCUUGGCGUUAUUAGCACCACGCUCUAACCAACUGAGCUAACCGGCCUUAUGUAUCUAGGUCGCCCCUGACAUAAAUAUAUAUAUACCUGCUGAUAUAGGCGUUCCUGGGUUGGUGUUCUAUUUUGUUGUUUAUUGUUUCGGCGCCAGACACCCAGCAGGAUCGUUUUUUUCAAUGCUGUUUUCCAAAUAUCGACAUUUCUCUGACAGUAACAGCACCUCUGCUCCCGCUCCAUUGACCGGAUGUGCUUUUGCUUAUUUUCCAAAUUAAAUCAAAGACUGUAGGGAAAGUUAUGUGAAUACAUUAUUUUCGUUGUUUUUGACCAUAACCUGUCAUAUUUCAUACAUGGGUGCCUCUAAGAAGUUUUCAAAUGGGUGACCAAAAGAUGGCCACUAAUAUUGGCUUGGGAUAUUUAAACCAAAAGCCAUGAGUAAAAUUUAUUUUUGCCGUCAUCAAAUACACUAUUUUAAUGGUUUGUUUAAGGUGUGAAACUUUGACUUUAUUUCACGAAACAUGAAAUACGUUGAACGGUAUUUCAUGUUUCGUCUUAUUU